CCCCCCCCCCCACUCACUGAAGGCCAUUUACCUGUGAAUCAGUCAUCAGCCAAAAGACACUCGAGGUAGGAAAUGGAGAUAAGGAAAGUACACAGCAAAAACUGAAUUAACCUUCACCGUUAUAUUAACAAAACAAGCACCCUCUGAUACUCCUGUGAACUCGAGGGAACUUGGAAUAUAAGAGCCACAGAAGAGAGAGUAAUUCUUGUUGCUGACAGCUGGCAACACUGGAAGGACGGCUGAGGAACUUCAUAAGAGGGUGAGAGGGUGAUCACAGAGUGAGAGAGACGGGGACUGACACAGAGCCAGAGUGCAGGAGGAGGCGGCGGAGGAGGAGUGGGAAAGGACGAUCGCCAUGGCGACGGACCCGGGAGAGCCCACUGCCACAGAGGAAUCCUCUGGAGAGAAACCUGAUGGAAAGAGGGAGGAGGAGAGUGACCAGGGGAACAGGGCUGCCCAUGAGAGAGAGAGGAUUCACAGCACUCCAUCUGACUUCCCCUCCUCACAGACCCAGGAAAGGAGAGCUUGGGGCGCAGGAGGAGGAGGUGGUGGAGUGGAGGAUGGUAAAGAAACAGAGGUGCUGGCCAGACCUCUGACCUUCUUCAUGCCCUCUUCCCCAGCUGCCCACGAACCGUGUCGGAAACGGGAGAACAAACGUUUUUUCCGGAAGAGCGUGGAGAUAUGCGAAGAGGACGAUGAGGUGGAAGAAACCAUCAGCGGCCAUCAUAGUGCCCCUCACCUCGAGUUUUGUGCCUCUGACUCUGUUUUUACCAGCGGAGCCCAGCAGUUACCCGCCAGUGCCUCGGCUGCCUUGAGUGAGGAUGGCACUCAUGGCAUGCAGGAUCCUGAUAAGACCGGCCUUACGACACCCGCUCUGAAGGGGAAGGAGAGAGAUAGAGAACAGGAAGAAGAGGCCGAGAUGAAGGCUGUCGCCACUUCACCCAGUGGCCGCUUUUUAAAAUUUGACAUCGAGCUUGGCAGGGGAGCAUUCAAAACUGUUUACAAAGGCUUGGACACAGAAACCUGGGUGGAAGUUGCCUGGUGUGAACUGCAGGAUCGAAAGCUGACCAAAGCGGAGCAGCAGCGUUUUAAAGAGGAGGCUGAAAUGCUGAAAGGUCUACAGCAUCCCAAUAUUGUGCGUUUCUAUGACUCCUGGGAGUCUGUUCUUAGAGGCAAGAAGUGCAUCGUCCUGGUGACUGAGCUCAUGACCUCAGGAACGCUCAAAACGUACCUUAAGCGCUUUAAAGUGAUGAAGCCCAAAGUUCUACGCAGCUGGUGCAGGCAAAUCCUAAAGGGUCUACAGUUCCUACACACCCGCACGCCACCCAUUGUGCACCGUGAUCUCAAGUGUGACAAUAUCUUCAUCACAGGCCCGACGGGUUCAGUAAAGAUUGGUGACCUAGGCCUUGCCACCCUCAUGCGGACAUCGUUUGCCAAAAGUGUUAUAGGUACACCAGAGUUCAUGGCCCCAGAGAUGUACGAGGAGCACUAUGACGAGUCAGUGGAUGUCUAUGCCUUUGGCAUGUGCAUGCUAGAAAUGGCUACCUCAGAGUACCCAUAUUCAGAAUGCCAAAAUGCUGCACAGAUCUACCGCAAAGUCACUAGUGGUAUCAAGCCUGCCAGUUUUGACAAAGUAAAUGACCCUGAGGUAAAAGAAAUCAUUGAGUGCUGUAUUCGCCAAAACCAAUUAGAGCGGCUCUCUGUGAAAGACCUUCUUAAUCAUGCCUUCUUUGCGGAGGACACCGGUGUGCGUGUGGAGCUUGCUGAAGAAGAUACAGGCUGCAUAGACUGCCUCGCCCUGCGCAUCUGGGUAGAAGACCCAAAAAAACUCAAAGGCAAGCACAAGGACAACGAGGCCAUCGAGUUCAGCUACGACUUGGAGAAUGAUAGUGCUGAAGAGGUUGCACUAGAGAUGGUGAAGUCUGGUUUUUUCCAUGAAAGUGAUGCUAAAGUGGUGGGGAAGUCCAUCAGAGACAGGGUGACUCUAAUUAAGAAGUCCCGUGAAAGGCGGCAACAGCAGCUCCUCCAGCAGCAGCAACAACAACAACAACAGCAAAGUCUGGAUGAGCGCCGUGACUCCUCGGUCCUAACCUCCUCCUUUUCUUAUGUCCAGCCUUCUGGCACCAACUCCUCACAGGUCACAGGAGCUGCUGCAGCUGCUGGGGGUCAGGGAGAAGCAGAGGAGCUGCCGGAAGUGGACCAACAUGUCCAACAACAAGGCACUGCAUUGGGCCUCACAGAGGGUGAGAGUCUUCCUGUUGUCAGCGGCCAAAGCCAAGCUUUUUCUGUACCCGAGACAGGGAACCAAUGUGCUCAUGCUCAAACCAGCUACCCCACUGGCACAUCUGGAGUGAAAGGAGCAGGGGUUAUGUCUCACCCCCAGCUGCUCCCUAUUGGUCAGAGCGGAGGGGUUCCAAAUGUGCCUGUUGGCCAAAAUGGAGGGGUAUCUGGGAUUUCCAUGGGCCAAAGUGGUGGUGGGGCUCCUAAUAUUCCAGUGGCACAGACUUUCAUUCAGCCAGUCACUGUGGCAUCACAGGUCCCAUUAAGUGUGCCUCAACAAUAUUCCCAGCCCCUUCCACCAUACUCAACAGAUGUUACAUCCUCGCAAAUGUUACAAUCCAGACCCACUGACGCCUCCACCCCCCAUAGUUCUGUUGUACAGUCACAGUCAUACAUCCCCCCAGCAUCAUCCCAGACACCCAUGACUGUCCACACAUCCUCCAUCCCAGCUGGAGAACCUAUAGCAUCAGCAGGCAACAUCAUACCACCUAUGCAGACCCAAACUAUUAUUGCUCCUGUGCAACCCACUGAUUUUUUGCCCCAGCAAACUACAGUUCAGACGCAACAGCAGGUGAUGUCAGAAUUGCCCGGAACGGUGCAACUGAACAUUCAGCACCAGACAGUAUUGUUGCCACAGCAAACAGAUCAUGUUCAACAAAUGGCGGUUUUGUUACAACAGCCACAGCACGUAGAACAACCCCAGGUGGUUCUGCAGGAACAGCCAACACAUUCCAGUGCAUCUCAGCAGCCAUAUAUCCCAUUGCCACAGCAGAAACAGCAAACAAUGACCAACCCACAGCAAAGUGAUCUACAACAGCAGGUGUACAUACAGCAACCUGCAAGCAAACCCCAACAGAAAGUUGUGAUACAGCAGCAAGUUCAGCAGCAUCAGGCAUCAGUACAACAACCCCCAGUGGAACAAUAUCAACAUCAGACACAUCAGGCACAGCAAGUUUAUAUGCAACAAAUGGCUGAAUCACAAGAGCAGAACAUGGUAAAGACCUUUGUACAACAGCCGCCUGUACUUCAAACAAUCCAGCAGCCAUUGCAAUUGAUGGAGCAACAACAACAGCAACUUCUGAUUAGGCAACAAAUGGAGCAGCAACAGAAGGCUGUUUUGCAAAUUCAAAUGGAGAAACAAAAUCAACAGCAAGUUUAUAUUCAGUCACCACAGCAGCAAAAAGUUGAACAGAAACAAAUUCUUCUGCAGCAACAACAAAACUUGGCAGUACAACAACAGAUUGAGCAACAGCAGCAAGCUUUACAGCAACAAAAGCAAAUUGAACAGCAACAAAAGGCAAUUUUACAGCAACAGGUGGAACAGCAAAUACAACAGCAACAGGCUUUGUUUCAACAGCAGCAACUGGAGCAACAGCAAGCAUUAUUGCAACAGCAGCAGCAUGAACAGCAACAGGCUCUUCUGCAGCAACAACAAUUGGAACAGAAAGCUUUGCUACAACAACAGCAGCAACUCCAGUUAAAGCAGCAACAAGCUAUUUUACAUCAGCAACAAUUAGAACAGCAACAGCAGGCUUUGUUUAAACAGCAGCAACAACAACAGUUGGAGCAACAGCAAGCUCUUUUACAACAUCAGCAGCAACAAGCACUCAUUCAGCAGCAGCAACAGUUAGAGCAAAAAGUACUGCUACAGCUGCAACAGCAGCAACAAAUUGAACAGCAACAAACCAUAUUACACCAGCAACAGCCGCAACUACAGAAGCCGAUAGAUCAACAAUUGCAACAGCAGAUGUUUGAACAUCAGACAGAGCAGCAACAACAGACAUUGCUACAACAAAGAGAGUCACAGAUGCAUCAACAUCUUCUGAUGCAACAACAUCAGAUCGAAUUACAGCGACAACAAGCCGAAAAACAACUGCAACAAGUUUUAUUGCAGCAACAACAUUUGGACCAACAUGGUACUCUGGCAGAUCACAUCGGACAACAGCUAGCAACCCUAGGGAAAGCACAGCCUGCGGAGACAGUCCAGCAGAUUAGCCAAAUGCAGCACUCUCAACAAAUGAUGCCCCCACAACCUCAGCCCCAUCUUGCUCAACAACAAACUGAACAGCAACAUGUCAUUAUUCAGCAGCAACAAGCUGUCGUCCCACAGGCAUCGCACAGACCAUCUCUGGUAGAGUUACAUGUUCCAACCCUGGUUCAAGCAGUACCAAAAAUGGUUAGCGCUCAAAUACCUAGUCAAUUACCAGCCCCAGUACUCAUCCAGCAACAGGUACCACCACAGAUGUCAGCUCAACCUUCAGCACAAGUUCCGAUCCAAAAUCAAGGGGAGCCUGCGAUUUAUGGUCAGAUACCCUUGAAGGCUCAAAGUCAUCCUGCACCACAGUCAAUGGGAGGCCAUAUUCAAGCAGGCCAGCUGCAAGUUCCACAACCUACCCAACAAAUCACAUCUCCAACAAAGGUUUCUACACCACAACCCAUUCAUUCUUUUGUCCCGACUCCAACACAAAUGGUCUCACAAGGGCAAACCCUUCCAUCCCAAUCUCAGUUUGUUCCACCUCAAGCUGCAGCUUCUCUUCAGUGCCAAGUUGAAGUAGGGUCAACUAAUCCUGCACCUCUUGUGCAUGCUACAGUGCCGGCUGCUUCUACACUUCUACCAACACAAUAUGUUCAAGCACCUGUUGCUUCUCAAACCAGCCAGUCUGUUCAGCUAGACCUCACACAAUCUGUGAAACAACAACAGCCGCCUCUGCACCAAUAUCAGCAAGCAGUACUGUCUCCUGUGUCACUUGCACCUACCAUCAACCCAAUGGCCACCUUAUCAACACAAUGCUAUUUACAACAGACAAACCAAUCUCAAAUGCAGGCCCAGGCUCCCCCAGUUAUCCAAGCUCAGCAACAACCAGUCAGUGUGGCCUCAAUGCAGCCCAUGUCUCCAGUGCAACCUCAGGCUACCCAACAGUAUGAGCCGCAGCUGCCUCAAGCCCACCAUGUGCAGCAACAGCAACCCCUCCAGCAUCAGCAUCACGCCCAACCUGUGCAUCAUCCUCUGCCACUGAAUGCUGUCCUACCACAAGAUCUCCACCAACAACCUAGUCAGCCACAACCUGUAAUCCAACAUAUGCUCCCGAUUCACAUUGCACUCAGUCAGGUACCUCAGACAAAGGCUAGAACAGUACCUCUGUACAGUCAGGUAGUCUCGGGUCCACCACCCUCCCCACAGAACCAGCAGAAACCAGCCAUUCCUGCUCAAACACACACGCAGAUUAGCAUGCAGUCCCACAUAGAGGCUACUGGGAGUUUCGAGCAGCCUCCUACCUUUAUGCCAUCACAGAUCCCCCCAAGUCCAUCUCAUGCUUCCCUACAGCCCUCUGCCACACUCCAAGCCCUACAACCAGCUGUCCCAGUUUCAGAAAUUCCUGUCACAGUGGAGGCACAGCUAACUCAGACAAGGCCUGCUGACAUGAUCCCUGCUUCCCCUCCUGCUGUCAGUGCUUCACAGUCCAAUGACUGUAAUGGAUCUGUGUUGCCCACCACCUCGCUGGCAGAAAGUGACACUGCAUUGCUGGGCAUUGCUCAGGAGAGCCUAAAUCAGUCGGCCAAUAGGGGUUCUUCAUCAUGCUCUGCUCCCACCAAUGGAGAUGAGGCCCAAUCAAUGUGGGCCUGUGGAAAACUAGAUAAGGUAAAAUCUCAGAGGAGAUCAUCCUGUCAAAAAGCUGAAAAAACUCACUUUCAACUGAGCAUGUUGCAGGUCUCAGGCACAGGGGACAACAUGGUAGAGUGUCAGCUGGAGACUCACAGCAACAAGAUGGUCACAUUCAAGUUUGACAUUGAAGGAGAUGCACCUGAGGACAUUGCAGAUUAUAUGGCGGAGGAGGAUUUUGUUCUUGAGCCAGAGAAAGAGAAAUUUGUUGAGGAGCUGAGAACUAUAGUGAAGAAAGCUCAAGGAAUACUGAGCACUCACUCACAGACUGGGUCCUUGGAGCAACUCCAUGUAAGCACCCCAUCCAGUGCAACAAUUGAUUCAGCCCCUCAGUCUUCCCCAGUGGGUCGCUGGCGAUUCUUCAUUAACCAAACUAUUCGCCAUCGUGACUCACACUCCAACCAGGGAGCUUCUACUCCCCCUCCAGUGGGAGAGACCCGAGUCCCCAAGUCCACAGAAACAGAGAAAGAUCAUGAGAACCCUCAGCGCUCAGAGUCUUUUCCUGGGAUAGCAACUUCCCCAAGUUCUUCACUGUCUGCAUCCUCUCCUCCAAUCUCUACUGUGUCAGCUCCUGCAUCCAUGUCAGCUUUGGCUAUUGCUGCCCAAAAAGACGUAACACCUGCUACCUUGCCAACAGCAGAGCAACUCUCCUCUUCUACCCUGACUGCAGGCCCAUUACCUGUCAUGGCCUCCAGCACCUCUGCUGCUCCUUUCCCUGCAGUCGCGGCCUUCAUUGGCUCCAGUGUGGACCAAGGAAAAGCUGCAGUUAAAUGUGAGGGUGAACAGCCCCCCUCUACCUUAUCUAUUUAUGGGACUCAUUCAGCAUCGCUAAUGAGCCACGCUGAUCCUUCACUGCAACUUGUACCACAAACCCAGAUUGCACCCUUGCAGGCACCAGAUGUACUUCAACAAACCCAGGCACUACAGUCAGCAAUGGUCACCACUGAACAAUCUCAGAAACAGCCAGUGUGCCAAGUCGCUCCACAGCCACCAAUACUCCAGCCUAGUGAGUCAAAAACACUAUCACAGCCAAUGCCAAUGGAGACGGUACCUUCGCAGCGAAGUCUUUCAGCUGCCCAAGUUCAGCAGGUUCCUCACCAGCAAGUACCAAUUGAAACUCAACAGCCGUUUCCAUUUCAACCAGUGAUCCCGCAGCAGCUUCCCACUGAGAAAACGCAGAUGUCAUUUCAGCAGGUAUCGCAUGAUAUGGUGCCUAUGACACAAACAGCAGUGCCUCCGGCUGUACAGAAGCAAGCAUCUAUCCAGCAGUCGGAGUCUGAGCUGUCCACAGGUGAAGACACCGUCAGCCACUCCGCCCCACCCCAUCCCUCUUCGGACACGUCUCUCCCACCCCUGCCGCUGUCUGAUACGGCUCCGCCUGCCCUCUCCCACACUUUCACACCCUCUCCAGCCCAGCCCUCCUCGGUAGCAGAGUCAGACAGUGAAGGCCCACCCAAAAUUGAGUUUGUGGACAACCGGAUCAAGACAUUGGAUGAGAAGCUGAGGACUCUUCUGUAUCAGGAACACAGUGGUAGUGGGGCAGCCCUGGGAAGUGGCUCCACCAGCGGCUCUGCUCCUGCCCCCAGCUCCACCUCGGGAUCUGCUGUGGCCUCCACUGGAGUUGACGAGUUUUCAGAGCCCGCCAACACAUUCUCCGCUCCUCCUGCAACUUCUUCAGACACCUCCCCUUACUCCACCUCUUCCACCACCUCCUCCACCACCCCUCGCUCUUCCUCUUCCUCUCCAGAUGGAGAGCGGGAGAGAGCAGGCGAGAAGGAGACGAUCCCGUCUGCUGUGCAACACCAGCCUGCCUCAUCCUUCUCCUCUACAUCCCCUCCAUGCUCUCUCGUUUCCCCUCCACAGGAGCCUGGAUCCCCGAAAGUACCCAGUGAAUCAUUUAUAAGUGCUCCCCCUUCCCUCACUGAAAGCUCCACUCCUGGAGAUGUUCUGUUGCCUUCCUCUUCUCAGCCGCCUGUCCCCCUGUGGCCUGGACAACAGCAGCAGCAGCACUAUGAAGGAGGUGGAUAUUUUGGCCUAAACCUGACGUGUCCUAGUAUCAGAAAUCCUGUUAGCAAGAAAUCCUGGACUCACAAAUUCAAAAGCUGGGCAUGCAAACUGCGCCACUCCGCCAGCUUGUUCAAGAAGCCCAGAGUCCAGCAAGAUGGCAACUUGAGCCAGGGGAUGAAGGAGGAGAGGGAGGCAUGUACAAAUGACCAACCCUGCUCACGCAGAGGGCGUUUCCAGGUGAUUCCAGUGUCCCAGUCUGCAGAGCCUCUUCCAACACAUGAAGCUGCACCAAGUGAAGGGAUCACACAAAGAAAGGUUGGGCGUUUCUCAGUCACCCAGGCCAAACAGAGUGAGGAGCAUUUGACGGACAGCUCCCCCGUUUCACCUGACCUUGAGCAUGAGAGGAGAAAAUCUAAAGGAAAAGAUGGCGAGAAAGAGGACAAGAGAACUACAGCACCCAGAAGUCAUGCACACUUGCCUCAGGGCAGCAGUGACGAUGAGAGCGAGGUGGAGGAUGAAGAUUUGAGGAGAGAACUGCACCAGCUGAGAGAGAAACACAUCAAAGAGGUGGUGUCCCUGCAGGCACAGCAGAACAGAGAGCUGCAGGAUUUGUACAAGCAGCUCCGCUCUCUUAAAGACCACAGACUGCCUCUGUCCAUGACGCUGCCCCGGACCUCUCCUCUGCCCACCGCACCCCUUGCCAUCUCCCCACGUAGACCCCGACCUGCCAAAGCCAGGCUUCGGCCCCGACCCCACUCUCACAUGGAUAACAACGGAGUCACACACCAAGGGAGUCUUCAGCAGUCUAGCAGUUAUUCUGGUGGGGAGAAAACCCCAUCACUGACCGCUAAUAGAGACCAGAGUCCUUCAGCCCAGGGUUCUGCCAAUAGAAAGAGCACAUUCACAGAUGAGCUGCAUAAGCUUGUUGAUGAGUGGUCAAAAGAAGCAGUUUGCCCAGUCCAGCCCAAGCCUUCACUGAAUCAAAUCAAACAGAUCCAACAAGUGCAGGAGUUUGGCGGAUGGGGCCAGACCACUGAGACAACAGCUUCAUCGGGUUGGUUUUCCGGAGCCCCUUUGACUGCUCCAGUUUCAGUCAGCAUGUCUACGAUGGCUCCUACCCCAUAUAGUACCAUCGGUGAACAAACUCAGCCACCUCCAACACAAUUUCCCAUCGCUCCUCUAUCACAGCAGAACAUGGAUCUGCAACCUGCCCUGCACCACCAGCCCCUGCGGUACAGCCCAUCUCCCCUGCACCCGCAGCAGGUCCAAAUCCUGUCAGGAUCCCAGCCCCCGGUGCCCAGUGCACCUUCCCUCAUGACUGCAGCGGGGCCUCCACUGCCCCCCACCACCAGCAUCACAGCCGUCUCUGCCCCCACCGCCAAUCAAGAUGCCGUCUUCUGCUCUAGCUCCUCCUCGUCAUGCUCCUCUUCCUCCUGCUCCACCUCUGUUCUGCCUCCCAGUGCCAAACAUCACCCCAAACACUCCACAUCCACCCUUCCUUUAGGACAGCAGUGAGAAGAUGGAUACCGCUGUACAUCUUGUACAGGAAGGACACUAGUAUCAAGCGGUUGCGUGUUGGUGUGUGUGGGUAUGGGGGUGUAUAAAUACUGUAGUGUGUGUUUGUGUGAGCGUGGGUUUGUGUUGCAUUUUUCAAAACAUAUCCUCUGUGUGUUUCUGCACCAUCAAGUUUUCUAUCUGACUUAGUUGGACCUAAACUCCCCCUAUAUAGAGACAUUUUUGACAUGAGGCGAUCCUCUUUGUUUUUAUUUAUCAAUGGAUUUUAAAAAGUGCAAUUAGUAACUGAUAUUUAAAUCCAUCUUUUUUGUGUUGUUGUGACAUGGAUCUGUAUAGCUUAAACGGAUUAUUUUUUUAUAUAUACGCACAGAAAAGACAACAACAACCAGACGUCAGCAGCGACGCACCAUCUUUAUAGAGCACAACAGAUUCAGCCGGCGGCGGGAUCGAUCGCAUGUUCCAACGCAGUGCAUGGUAACCUUGCAACCAUCAUCGUAGCUACCAAAACAAUCGUUGUGCACGAAUAAGGCAUGCUCCUCAUGUAUUAUAUUUUAUGAUGAUAAAAAAAACGUAGCGUUUUAGAUUUAGCCGAGAUUUUUUCUAGAAUAACAAAUAGCCAUUGACUAAUUCCUUUCAAGAUCCUGCAAUUGAUUCUGAAAAAAUAUAUAUAUAUUAAUUUGGUUUCAAAUGAAACUAGCUAAUGUGAUUGCAGUAUUUUCCUCUCUGUUUUAGCAGACAUUCACACUUUCAAGGUUUACACUAUUAACAUUAUUCCCAUGGUGAAGAGUGCAAGACUAGGCGGCUGUUUGGAUAGCUCAAGUGAAGUAAAUGCAGCUUUUUCUUGUUCUUGUGUAUUUUUGCACAGUCCCGUAUGAACGUGCUUCCGUGCACACCGAACUGUGAUCUGUAAACUGUGAGUUUGCGUUUAGUGAAUGCAAAACGCUGGCAAAAAGAUGUAUUCCUCAUCGGAUCUGACAUCAGAUACUACUCUGGUGGAAAAUUGUAUAUAUACAUAACUCCCAAGCAAAUUAAUGAUUGAGAAAACAUCCAGAAAUAGGUUGCCUUUCUACAGUGUAUAAAGCUUUUAUGUGAUUCAGCUAGACCAAGAUAUCAGAGGCCAGCCUUUAAAUCAGCAGCUACGCAACUCUGUUGUACAGCCGGACCACUAAAGAUUUAUAAAGUGGUUGUCAGACUGCAUUCUCCACUGACUGUGUUCUUUAAUGUUUUGUUGGAAAAAGUAACGGAAGGUUGGUACGAAUGAAGCAACCUGCUUUUUUCAACAAAUAGGUGAGAGAAAUAGGGUUGAAUGUAUUGUGUAAAGCGCACAGGAAAUGAGGGUCCGGUUUGUGUUGUGAAGCUUUUUGAAUCGUGCUACUGUUUGAACUUGUGGAUGUUACAAAAAGAGGUCAACAUGACCGCUGCCAACAGAGGGUUGUGAUCAUUCAGUUUCCAGUAUUUCAUGUCAUUUUUCUAAAGACAAGACCCACCUCUUCGCAGUAAACCAACAGUACAGCAGUGGUGAGUAUAAAGGCUGUUUUGUAUAAGAAAACUCAAAACAUUAUCUAUUUGAUCUGUACAAAUGGGAAAUGUAAAGAUAACCCUCUGCUGAAGUGUUACCAACAUGUAAUCUAAAAAGAAAGCAUUAUUUUUGUAUUUUGAAAGGGGUUUUAAAAAAAUAAUUUAAAUUGUGUACUGAUCAGUGUUGAGAAAGCUGUGAUACACAGGUCCUAAAACAGUUUAUCGAGUUCCCCGGCUUCCAACUUUACCCCAAAUGUUUGUUUAAAGAUUACAACAUGAUAUAGAUUUUUUAUUUUUUAGAGGGGAUUUAAUUCAGUGUAAGUCAUUUGGAAUAUUAGAAGCCAAAUCAUUUCUACAGUGGAGGUGAUGUGUGGGUAAAGCUGUACAGUAAAACCAGGGGGAACCCAGAAUUACUUUACUGACCACCAAUAAUUAAAGGUUAUUUAAGUGAAAAUAAUCUAUAGAGGACUAAACUUAUUGCUGGUGAUUUAGCUAUUGUAAAUUAUAACUAAUUCAACUGUUGAUUCUAUUUAUGUUUUGUAACUAAUCAAAAAUAAACAUCACAUGUUAAACAUCAA